UGGUAGUAGCGACUGGAUAAUCGUCAAGUAACCGCUACUAUUUUAUCAGACAUACCUGCUAGUAGCGAUGGAAUUUGAAACAUAUUGAGUAAUUUCUCUCUUUUUAAUCGGCCAUGAUUAAAAAAAAAGAAUAACUACAAGAUUAAAAGAGCUAUAGCAAAUAAAAUAAUGUAGAUAAAGCGUUGUAUAUAUUCAAUACGUAACCAGAGACAUCUACUCCAUUUCUAAAGCAAUUUAUCGCUACUUAUAGCCUUCAUACAUAACACCGAACAAGUGAUAUCAAAUAGUAGCGAUUGGUUCAUCGACGAUAGUAGUACAUCAUCGAAUCCUGAUACCGAAGUGAAAAUCACUAAUAUGGAUCGAAAAAGAAUGUCUUAUGGGAAAUCAUGCCAAGUUCAACAGCGUGGAAUUUGUACGACUCUCGUGUUUCUUGUUUUAAUUAUCGGUACGAUACUUUUUGCAUAUACAGCGUUUGCAUCAUCCCUCAAGGACGAUACUAUUCAACAGGUGAUAUUUCUUUUCCGACAUGGCGAUAGAACUCCAUUAAAGACAUAUCCUUCGGAUCCAUAUAAAAAUUACCCAUGGUCUGGUGGUUGGGGUGCUCUUACAACGAAAGGAAUGCGUCAACUUUACAAUAUUGGAAAACGGAUUGGUAAAAUGUAUAGUACUACAGUCGGUUUGAAUUACAAUAGUACGAUUUCAUUUAUACGCAGCAGUGAUUCCGAUCGUUGUAUCAUGUCUGCACAAGCAUUACUCGCUGGAUUGUAUCCACCAACACCUGAUCAAAUAUUUGCACCUAAUUUAAAAUGGCAUCCAAUUCCAGUUCAUACAACACCUAGAAGUAUGGAUAAGGUAAUAGUGGUUAAGGCUCCUUGUCCAAAAUUAAAACAAGAAUUAGCGAAUGCUUAUAUUAACGAAUCGAUAAAAUCUGAUGCGGAAUUGGAAAAUUAUUACAAAGAAUUAACAAUCCAUACUCAGCAGCCAAUGAAAACUAUUACAGAUAUAGAGUUUUUGUAUAAUAUACUUGACAUCCAAGCUAAAAACGGCUUAGAACUUCCAAAUUGGACAAAAAAAUUUUAUAACGAUGAAAUGAGAAACAUCGCAGCUCGUGCCUUGACUUUACUCACAAGCAACACUUUGCUACGACGUUUGCAUGGAGGACCCUUACUGAAAGAAAUUGUAAACCAUAUGCAAGAAUCGCAAAUUAAGAAAGAUUCGAAAAAAGCAUACUUCUAUUCUGUUCAUGACGUAACCUUGGUAAAUCUUUUAAGAACUAUGGGAUUCAUGAAUGAAUUAUUUUUUCCAGAAUAUGGGGCUACGAUUAUUUUUGAACUUCAUUCGUAUUCUGAAAAGGAGCGAGCUGUGAAGGUGUUUUAUUUGAAUAAUACGGAAUCAAUCAAGCCGCAUUUCUUGAAUAUACCUAAUUGUGAGCAACCCUGUUUGUUGUCAAAUUUAUUGAACGUAUGGAAAGACGUAAUACCUAUUAAUUGGGAUAAUGAAUGUAUUUUAUAAAUACUCAAGAAAUUUCUUACCAAUUCGUAUUCAUGUAAUCGAUUAUAGUCUCCAGAUUGAAUAUAAAAGAGGAUAGAUUUAAACAUUAUUCUCUCAUUUUUAUAUAUAAAAAAUCGUUAAAUUUAAUAACUGUAUUGUAAAACUAACAUUGUUAAUAUAAAUAUUUUAUAUAAAUAUAUUUAACCAAUUAUUUGAUAUAAGAUACAUUUAGUAAAAUCAUACAGUACAUAUGUGUAAUCAAUCGUAUAAUAUUGUGCAUAAAAUAAUAUCGUUUUUAGAUGAAAAUUAA